UGUAGGUCAAUAUUUAUUUAUAUUUACAAUUUUUUUGUUGUGUAGCAUCUUAUUGUGAAACAUGGAACCUGUGCAAGAUGUGAAAUAUAUUCCACAUAAAUCAAAGGCAGAGGAUAAAAGUUCAGUGUGGUAUUAUUUUCUGGUUUCUGCUUGUGGAGGACCGACCGCUCAGUGCAAAAGCUGCAAUAAAGUAUUAAAGACUUGUUUUGGAUCUACCAAAGGACUCUUAACACAUUUAAAAUACCACAAAAUCGAGUUGGAGAGAAAGCCAGACAAACCGCCUCAGAAGAAAUCCGCCAAAAUAGCUCCGCUGAAGCCAAAGUAUGAAAUAAUUAAUGGAAAAAUAGCUCCACCAAGUCCCACUCGAAGUAACAAUUCCUCAAUGGCUUUCGACGGUGACAUAAGUAACUUAUACGAACGACAAAUAGAGUUUGUCGAUGGAUAUCUAAUCGACAAUCCAUUUGUACAUGAAGAUAUUGAUCAAAAUUUUGAACAAAAGCCGCCGAAGAUGCCGAAACGCGAAGAUUCUUAUCAAAGAAACCGUAAUUUAGAAGAUCUAAAAAUCCGCGUGGAAAUUCAAUGUAUGCGAGCAAAAACAGCGUAUUUCAAAAAACAAAUGGAGAAUCUAGAUAUAGAACGAUCCGUUAUGUUAUUAAAAGCGAAAAAGUUGGAGUUGGAAGUGGAACAAUUGCGAAAAGAGGCGCAAGAAAACAAAUUGCGAGUCGGGCCAAAAUGAUUCCGAACCAAUAGUAAUAUAAAUAUAUGUAUUAUAAAAUUUAUAUUUUGUAAACUAGUACCAACUAAUUUCAAUUUAAAUUCGUAAAUUAAGUACAAAAUUCACUAUGAAUUAUUAUUUUAACCAACACACUUCACAGCUAAUUAUUAACUCCAUUAUUAAACACUUUGAAGUUGAUUAAUUGGUAGGUUGAGACUUAAAAGUAAAUAUUUAAUAGGUAGGCACAUUUUUACCUAUAUUGUCAUAUUAACGUAGAUUUUGUUAUUUCGUUUAUGAUAAUAAUAUUAUACAACUUUUCGAAGUCCAUAUAUAAUUAAA